AUGACUCCACGCGAUGAUCACGAGGUGCCUGCGCCCGAUCAACCUGAGCGUGAGGACAGCGUGAGCGACAUCGUUCACCUGAACGUCGGCGGCACCAGAUUCUUCACGUCCCGCCAAACGCUGUCGUGGAUUCAGGACUCGUUCUUCACGGCGCUGCUGAGCAACCGCAUCGACAGCCACAAGGACGAGAGUGGCGCGCUGUUCAUCGACAGGGACCCAAAGUUGUUCUCCAUUAUAUUGAAUUACCUGCGAGCGAAGGAUAUUGAUCUGAAGACUGUGGACAUUCACACCCUGAGACACGAGGCUGAGUACUAUGGCAUCACUCCGCUGGUCAAGCGCCUGAUGCUCUGCAAAGACCUGACGCAGUCGUCCUGCGAUGAUGUACUGUUCUAUGGCUACCUGCCACCUCCAAACAUACCACUUCAAGAACCCAUCGCGAUAACGUCAAACGUCAGCGAAGUGACCGUUCAUGCUCGAAUCGGCGCCACUGCAAAUUCCAGAACCGAUGGGUCGUCCAAUGGAUGGGUCCUCGCAAGCUGCGGCGACCAGCAGCUCCACGAAUCAGAAUCCCAUUGGUAAUUGAAGAUUUCUGUC